GGCUCGAUCCGGGAAUCGAACCCUAGACCCCGUGCACAGCACUAUACGUAAUAAAUUCUAAGAAGUCUAACAUGUUUCUAAAACCGAAAAUAGUGUGUGUUAACCCUACUAUACUAUCUGUGAAAACAAAAUAGACAAGUUUAUUAGCAUUACAUAGAGAUACCAUUUCACCUAUAAAAGAAAAGAAAGAAGUUUCGGCUACAGUAAGUAAAUUUGUGAAGUCAGUGUAGCAAGAUGAAGAUCAUUUUGGUAUUCCUAGCUGUUUUAUUUUUUGCUGACACGUCCUUAGCUCAAGCUAGUAACUAUGGAAACUCAAAUGCUACAAAUGGCAGCACUGGACUGGUAGUUAUAGACAAUGCCACAUUUGCAAAUGGAGCAUUUAGCAAUGGAGGUUCUGGUAGUGGCACUGGUAGCAGUUCUGGUAGCAGUUCUGGUGGCAGUUCUGGAAGCAAUUCUGGUAACAACCAGUCCAAACCCGCAUCUUGCGGCCCAAUAAAAACCAUUAUAUCAACAAUCAUUCCUAGCCUUAAUUGUUCAACAAGCGGCUGAGAAAUGUGAAAAAUAUAUUUCAUAUAUUGUAUAUUAAAAGUUUAAAAUAG